CUGGCGGCGCGCCGCAGUCCUUGGGCAGCCCUGCGGCUUCCAGGGCGUCGCGGCCGCGGCCCCGCAGCGCCGCUCCCUGAGGACUGAUGGACACAUGGACCCACAGCAGCUGUGUUACUUGACAAGAUCAAGUCAGUCAGUAUUCCAGCAUGGAGUGGGAGGGCCUCCAAGGAGGAGCUAUUGACAGCUGAUGACUUCUGCAGGAGGGUGACCAUGGAAACGGGCGGCCUCCCCCUGGAGCUGUGGCGCAUGAUCCUGGCCUACCUGCACCUGCCGGACCUGGGCCGAUGCAGCCUGGUUUGCAGGGCCUGGUAUGAGCUGAUCCUCAGCCUCGACAGUACCCGCUGGCGGCAGCUGUGCCUGGGCUGCACCGAGUGCCGCCACCCCAACUGGCCCAACCAGCCUGAUGUGGAGCCCGAGUCCUGGAGGGAGGCCUUCAAGCAGCACUACCUGGCCUCCAAGACCUGGACCAAGAACGCGCUGGACUUGGAGUCCUCCAUCUGCUUCUCUCUGUUCCGCAGGAAGAGGGAGCGCCGUACCUUGAGUGUUGGGCCGGGCCAUGAGUUUGACAGCCUGGGCAGUGCCUUGGCCAUGGCCAGCCUCUACGAUCGGAUCGUGCUGUUCCCGGGUGUGUACGAGGAGCAAGGGGAGAUCGUCCUGAAGGUGCCAGUGGAGAUCGUGGGCCAAGGGAAACUGGGUGACGUGGCCCUGCUGGCCAGCAUUGACCAGCACUGCUCAACCACACGCGUGUGCAACCUCGUCUUCAUGCCAGCCUGGUUCUCGCCAAUCAUGUAUAAGACCACGUCAGGUCACAUCCAGUUUGACAACUGCAACUUUGAGAAUGGACACAUCCAGGUCCACGGCCCGGGUACCUGCCAAGUGAAAUUCUGUACCUUCAAAAACACCCAUGUCUUUCUGCACAACGUGCCCUUAUGCAUGCUGGAAAACUGUGAAUUUGUGGGCAGCGAAAACAACUCUGUAACUGUUGAGGGCCACCCCUCGGCAGAUAAGAACUGGGCCUACAAGUACCUGCUGGGCCUUAUCAAGUCCUCUCCGAUCCUGCUCCCCGCAGAAGACCAUGAGUUUUUAAUGUCCUUGGACCUAGAGAGCCGGGACCAGGCCUGGAGCCCAAGGACCUGUGACAUUGUCAUCGAGGGCAGCCAGAGCCCCACGAGCCCAGCCUCUACCUCUCCAAAGCCAGGCUCCAAGACUGACUCCCAGGAGGCAGAAGUGGGCAGCGAUGGGGAGAGGGUGGCCCAGACUCCAGACAGCAGUGAUGGCGGCCUGAGCCCCAGCGGCGAGGACGAGGAUGACGAGCAGCUCACGUACAGACUGUCCUACCAGGUGCAGGGCCCACGCCCUGUCCUGGGCGGCUCCUUUCUGGGUCCUCCACUGCCAGGAGCUUCCAUUCAGCUGCCCAGCUGUCUAGUGCUGAACUCACUGCAUCAGGAGCUCCAGAAGGACAAGGAAGCCAUGGCGUUGGCCACCUCUGUGCAGGGAUGCCUCAUCCGCAAGUGCCUCUUCCGAGACGGCAAGGGUGGCGUCUUUGUCUGCUCUUACGGCCGAGCCAAGAUGGAAGGAAAUAUCUUUCGGAACCUAACGUAUGCAGUGAGGUGCAUACACAAUAGCAAGAUUGUCAUGCUCAGGAAUGACAUCUACCGCUGCCGGGCGUCAGGCAUCUUCCUGCGAUUGGAGGGUGGAGGCCUGAUCGCCGGCAACAACAUCUACCACAACGCAGAGGCUGGCGUGGACAUUCGCAAGAAAUCCAACCCACUCAUCCUGUGUAACCAGAUCCACCACGGUCUUCGAUCCGGCAUUGUUGUCCUUGGCAAUGGGAAAGGCGUCAUCAGGAACAACCAAAUCUUCUCAAAUAAGGAGGCUGGCAUUUAUAUCCUGUACCACGGAAAUCCAAUUGUGAGCGGAAACCACAUCUUCAAGGGCCGUGCAGCCGGCAUAGCCGUGAAUGAGGACGGCAAGGGCCUCAUCACAGAAAAUGUCAUCCGUGAGAAUCAAUGGGGAGGGGUGGACAUCCGCCGUGGCGGCGUCCCUGUCCUCAGGAGCAACCUCAUCUGCUUUGGCUACUCGGACGGUGUGGUCGUGGGCGACGAAGGCAGAGGACUGAUAGAGGGGAACACCAUCUAUGCUAACAAAGGCUGUGGUGUGUGGAUGAUGUCCUCCAGCCUGCCCCAUGUCACCAGCAACCAUGUGAGCUACAAUGGCCUGUAUGGAGUGGCAGUGUUCAGCCAGAAAGAGGGCUCUGGUGAGUUCCCUGGAGGCCAUGGGGCCCAGGAGAACUUCAGUGAGGAUGGGGAUGCCAUCCUCUGGGAGACGGAGCUGGAGAAGGAGGAUGACCCACUGCGGCGGCCCGUCACCAUAGCUCUCGUGGAGUCUAACAGUAUUAAUCACAAUGGAGCAUCAGGACUCUUUGUCCAGAGCAGCGAGGCCCUGCAGGUCAUCACCAAUGUGAUCCAUGCCAAUGGGGACAGAGGCAUCACCAUUGUUCAGAGCAGCCAGCUCACAAGGGUGGCCAACAACAGCAUCUCCUGCAACCGCCAGAGUGGGGUCAAGGUCGAAGCCCAGUGCAAGGUGGAGCUCCGGGGCAACGGCAUCUAUGACAAUCGAGGCCAUGGCAUCAUCACCAAGGGUGACAGUACUGCCGUUGUGGAAAAUGACAUCAUUGGCAACCGGGGCAGUGGGCUGCAGCUGCUGCCCAGGUCUGACACUAAGGUCCUGAAGAACCGGAUCCACUCCUUCCGGGCCUACGGCAUUGCAGUGCGGGGCCGCGCGAAGGCCCUGGUUCAGGAGAACAUCAUCUUCCAGGGCAAGGCCAACAAGACCAUCUUCCAGCAGAUCACUAACAACUGCGAGUGCAUCAUGCAAAACAACAAGUUCCUGGUCUUCAAGAAGAAGUCUGACACCUGGCGCCUGGUGAAUCCACCAGCACGGCCUCACCUUGAAAACUCAGGCAGGGGCUCCUCCGCGGCCCACAGUGGGCACAAGGUGACCGCCAUGGCGACCAGGAUCUCAGCCCGUGUGGAAGGUGGUUACCACAGCAACCGCAGCAUCUUCUGUACCAUCCUAUAAGCAAGAAGACCUGCCUCAGACCCAGGCCCCAGUGGGUGCUCAGAAGAGCUAGAGGCCAAGACUUGGGAUGGAAGUUAUGCCUGGGAAGGACUCCCGGCCCCACCCCCAUCCUGCACACCACCGCUCCUGAAAAGAGGGUCCUAGGCCUCCUGGGGACCAAGAACAAGGAACCUCUGGACCCCUUCAGCUCCACAGCCUUCAGCAGGGAGGAAAUAUUCCCCCAGGAGAAAGGAAUAGCAACUGGGAGUGUUUCCGGUUGCCCCAGCACUCAGAGGUUAUGAAGAGCUAGGGAAGUUCAAAUAGCACACGCGGUUUUAGGUCAGUUAUUCCACGCUGCAGAGAGCCUCACUUUAUACAGACCAAGCCUAGACUCUUCUCAGGGAAGAAGGGAAGUAGCUGUGGUAAGGUGGAUAGCUGCCCCCUCUCCUGGACCUGCCCUCUUGGUCCCUCCGGGGACUGUACGAGCCUCCCAGCUGCCUCUGGGGCUGUCGUGUUUUCACUAAGGACAGUUCUCAGACUGGCACAUGGCCCUGUGAGCGAGGAAGGAGCUUGGAGCCGGGAGUUCCUCCUGAAAAGCUGCCCCAGGGAUGACCAGGGGCCAUGCCAUGAAGAAGCGGGACAGGUGGGGCCGGGCCGCAUGGGGAUGAACGCAGCCCCGCUGUCCCCAAGGAGCCCCCCAAGUUCAGAGCAUUAGCUCAGCGCCUGCCACAGGAGUCAGUGUGUGUGGACACACCUUCCAGCUGCCCCUGCGAGCUCCAGGCUGUCUAGCUGGAGGAGCUCUCUGCCAUGUCCAUGUCCUCAUGGAUGAUCGGCUGCCUUGACCAGCCCGACCCUAGUCCCCCACUUGUGCCUUGGCUUGAGCUUGUUCGUCCUCCUGGCAUGCCCUCCAGCCAUCUCCAUCUGUGCAGGCCCCAUGUUUUUGUCAAGGUCUAGCUCAGACACUGCCAUCCCCACGUGACUCCCCUGCUGCAGGUGAUACUGCCCGCCCCCCCAAGCCUCACUGACCCCCUCGCUCCCUCUCAGGGCACUGAGCACUUUCUGCCUUGCUUUGGAACUCUCUGGGUCCAUACCCUGUCCUGCCUAUUUACCUGUGACUCUGAAGGGAGAGCCACCUCUGUCUGUGUCCUUAAGUCCCAGCCCAGAGCCAGAGUUGAGUUAGUGGCCUAUGUGAUGAAGGCCAGCUCCCAAAGGGCCUCACUAGACUGUACUGUGACUGUGACAAGCUUCGAGAGCCGGGUGGGCUUGGACCCCACUGUGGAAGGGGCCGCAUACAGGGCCAGCUCCGCCUUGAUGGUCCCUCUCCCACUUGGCCUUUACUGCAGGGCCCUCCCAGUCUUUGGGGUCACCGUCCUCCUGGGCCAGAUCCCGCGCCGGCUCUGUGGAGCCCUAGGUGCUGCUAUUGGGUGGGUGGGAGGGGAGCUGACUUCUCCCGAAGCACUCUGGGAACAAGGACACUGGUCUGUCCCGUCCGCAGUACUGUCCUUUGCACUUCUGUUUGGUGGCCCCGGUGUGAGUCGCUGUAUAAAAUGCUGCCUUUGUUAUUUUGUAAGAAAUGACUUUUCUGUGAACCAAGUACUUAAAAAAUCUCAGUAACCAAAAUAAAGUUCUAUAUAUUUUAAA